AUGGGUUUUGAUAUGGAGUGUCCUAAGUAUGGGAAGACGCCACUUACCUCGCUUACUGAACACUCCACGAGCGCCCUUUCUCUUUUACAGGACAGAUGUGCGGACUUGGAAGACGCAUUAUAUUUACUAGAAUCAUCGAAAAAGGAAAUCCUUGGGCAAAUCGAGCAGUGCUUCCAAACAAUCUUCCGUUGCCUCGAAGACCGACGAAAAGCACUUAUUCUUGACUUAAAUCAGUCUUUGGAGGAACGCCGAACCCUCAUCGAAAAGCUAAUGAAGGAAUUGGAAGAACGGAGUCAGAAAAUCAAAAUGAAUGUCGAAGUGAUCAAACAAACUAACCUAUCUAAGAACGAUGGCAUAAUUGCAGGUGGCAAACAAAGUCUGGACGACACGGAACUAUCAGCACAUGGGGCAAGGCUUGAGGAGGAACUUCGUGCCGCAUUGGGUUUGCCAGUUCCCAUUCAUCCUUCCACAAGCGAUAUUCUUUCUUACUUCCCCAUUGAUUUGGAUCAGUUGCUAAGUCUGAUAAAAAAUUUUGGGGCCAUUGGUGUCACUAGCAUUGAUGCUGAUCAGACCUGUUUGAAAAGUUUUUCAGAUGAAAACUCACAAGGUAUAAUUCGAUGCAACGUCAAUCAAGUGACGUUUGAGAAGAUUCAUGCAAUUGACUGUCAAGGACGAGAAGUUAAUGUGAUCAAUCCGGAGGAAUUUACAGUUUCACUUACGCCACGAUUGUCUAAUUCAAAUGAGGCCAUAAUCGUCUCCGAGGUCAACAAGAACGGACUUUAUACGACAAAUACUCUGGGUAUUCAACUCAAGUUGUAUUAUCCAGGGACGUACGAUGCCAACGUUAAAAUUCUUGGUGAACAUAUUCGUGGUUCUCCAUACCGAAUACAAUGCUUUCCUGCACCAGGACCAGUGGCUAAGGAAUGGAAAUCAGUCUUCGAUGAUAUAAGCAAACAGGCAGAAAUACGCCUCGGUCAAGUUCGGAAAUUUAGGCGGUCCUAUUCGGCUAGGUCGCCCGUGAAGCCGUUUCAUCCCAAGAGGGCUUACGCGGACAAACUAAUUUGGAGCAGAAAUGGACUACUGUUUACUGUAGGUAUUCGAGGCCGAGGCCCCUCAGAAUUUGGCUGUCCACAAGGAGCAUGGGUGACCAGGGACUCGAAGAUCCUGGUAGCCGAUAGUAACAACGCAAAUGUUCAGGUGUUUGAUGCCGCAGGAACUCACUUGCUGCGCUUUGGUGAAUUCGGCGCAGAUCCAGGCCAGAUGGUACGGCCCAAAGACGUCGCUGAAACCAUAAACUCUAACUACCUGGUCUGUGACUUUGAUUCGCACUGUAUUCACGUCUUUCAGCCCUCUGGCAAGUACAUGUCGCGGUUUGGACAACGCCAUCUUGCUGGACCAAGUGUGAGUCUGCGUUUUUAUUCCAGUCAAUCAAAGUUGUGUUAA